UUUCUCUCUAAAUUACCUUAUAAUAUCUCUCUUUUUUUUUGCCCUACUUUAUUAGGGUUCUUGAAAAAAAUUGGAUUUUUUCAUUUGGAAUGCAAAUAUUGGUUAAAGAUCAAAUCUUGGUUCAAAAUUUGAUCUUUUUUGUUCUACAAUUUGGGUUUUUUUUUUUUUUUUUUUUUUUUUUUGAAGAGCAAAUAUGCCUACUCUUGUUAAUUAUAGUGGUGAUGAUGAGUUCUAUUCCGGCGGAUCUUUAUGUUCUGCAGAUUUGGGUCUCAUGUUGUCUUUGGGUCAUGCUGAAGUUUACUGCCCUCCUAGGAAGAGGGCGCGCAUUAGUGGCCCGUUUGUUGUAGAAGACCGAUCAAAGGAUCCCUCUCUUGAAAUUCUUCCUGAUGAAUGCCUAUUUGAGAUCCUCAGACGAUUGCCCGGAGGCAAAGAAAGGGGUGCAGCAGCUUGUGUUUCUAAGCGAUGGCUUAUGCUUUUGAGUAGCGUGCGGAACUCUGAAAUUUGCUCAAAUGACACAACAAUGAUCUCUAAAGAUGACGAUCUUGAGGUAGAAUGCGAUGGAUACCUUACUAGGUGUGUGGAAGGAAAGAAAGCUACCGAUGUUAGACUUGCUGCAAUUGCAGUUGGGACUUCUACCCGUGGGGGAUUAGGAAAGCUUUCCGUCCGUGGAAGCAACUCAGUUCGUGGUAUUACUAAUCUUGGUCUAUCUGCAAUCGCGCAUGGUUGUCCUUCUCUCAGGGUCCUAUCAUUGUGGAACGUUCCAUUUAUUGGAGACGAAGGUCUUUUGGAGAUUGCAAGGGAAUGCCAUUCAUUAGAAAAGCUAGAUCUAAGCCAAUGCCCUUCAAUUUCCAACAAGGGUCUUGUUGCAAUAGCAGAGAAUUGCCCGAGCUUGACUUCUUUGACAAUUGAAUCUUGCCCGAGCAUCGGGAAUGAAGGCUUGCAAGCUAUUGGAAAGCGUUGCACCAAACUACAGUCUCUUACGAUUAAGGACUGUCCACUUGUCGGCGAUCAAGGAAUUGCUAGUCUUUUAUCAUCAGGUGCUUCAAUGUUGACAAAAGUGAAACUACAAGGUCUAAACAUCACAGAUUUCUCGCUUGCCGUCAUUGGCCACUACGGCAAGCUGAUUACAACUCUUAAUCUUAGUUCACUACGUAACGUGAGUCAGAAGGGAUAUUGGGUCAUGGGUAAUGCUCGAGGUCUCGAGUCUCUGGUUUCUUUGACUAUCACGUUAUGCCGGGGAGCCACGGAUGUCGGUCUUGAAGCAGUGGGAAAGGGUUGUCCGAGUCUCAAACAUAUGUGCAUUCGCAAAUGUUGCUUUGUUUCCGAUGCUGGACUUGUUGCUUUUGCUAAAGAGGCUGGAUCGCUUGAGAGUUUAAACUUGGAGGAGUGCAAUAGAAUUACCCAAACAGGUAUCCUUAAUGCAGUUUCAAACUGCAUGAAGUUAAAGUGUCUUUCCUUAGUGAAAUGCAUGGGAAUUAAAGAUGUAGUUCUAGAAACUUCGUUGUUGUCUCCAUGUGAAUCUCUUAAGUCCUUGUCUAUCCGAAGCUGUCCGGGAUUCGGGAGCACUAGCUUAGCUAUGGUUGGUAAGCUUUGCCCAAAACUGCAUCAAUUAGAUCUCAGCGGGCUUUGCGGAAUAAUGGACACUGGGCUUCUCCCGCUCUUGGAGAGUUGUGAAGGACUUGUUAAGGUGAAUCUGAGCGACUGCCUGAACUUGACUGAUCAAAUGGUGUUUUCAUUGGCUAGGCGACAUGGAGCGGCCCUUGAAUUGCUUAAUCUUGAUGGAUGCAGGAAGGUUACCGACACAAGUUUGGUGGCAAUUGCUGAAUAUUGCCCGUUACUUAAUGAUCUUGAUGUUUCUAAGUGUGCAAUAACUGAUUCUGGUGUAGUUGCUUUAUCCCAUGGAGUGCAAGUGAAUUUACAGGUCCUUUCUUUAUCAGGUUGCUCGAUGGUAUCAAACAGAAGUGUUCCUUCGCUUAAAAAGUUGGGGGAGAAUCUAAUCGGUUUGAAUCUCCAGCAUUGCUCCGUUAGUUGCAGCUCAGUCGAGCUUCUUGUGGAGGACUUGUGGAGAUGUGAUAUUCUCUCCUAAACCAUCGAAAGAACGAGCAGAAAGCUAUUUUGGUUCAUUCAGCCUGGCAAUUACAGAAGCAAACAUGAGUGUUGUCUUUUUACCCCGUAAUAUAUUCGGGGCCAUAUGAUACUUCAGUGUCUCGGUUGUUUUCCGGGAGGCUAUGGUGAAAAACUUUUUUCCACUAUUUUUUUGCAGGCUUCAUCAAAUCGAAGCUUGUUUCGGACAUUUUUCACAGCCAUGGUUUCCUGAGAAUACAGUCACCUAGUACUGAUAUUAAAAUUUUCACUCAUGUUGCUCCUCGAAAAAUCAGGCGGUUUGAAUCAUUCAGCUCAAGCUAAAACAUCGACGGACAAGAUUCGUUCAUGCAUUUGCCUCCUUGUGCUUGCUACAUUGCAGAAUCACAGUUUUAUUAGGUUUAUUACUAUGUUAAAAGAGUCUUCAGUGUUCGUUGUAAUCAAAGUACUUUGUAUCUUUAGACUUUAGUUUGCUUUGAGCAAUUUCUGUUUAGUAUGGUGCCUGUUAUUUAGGGGCUUGGCCAUUACAACCUUACCUAAGGUUGUUUUUUUCCCUUACCCAAGUCCUAGUUUUUGAUGGGAUUAUCAAUAUCUUAUUUUUAGCAGGUUCCACAUGUUCAGAAUUGUACUCUGCAACUAUGUUUUUAUAUAAUGAAGUGGUAGCUUGUUUUGAA